GCAUUGCACAGCGGUUUGGGACCCGGCACUGAGCAGGAUGUCUAGCGCGCCUCAGCCAACAUUUGUUAUUAUCUCCUGGGAUCCACUUUUCUCCUUUAGAGUCGUGCUCUAGUUUCUUUUAGCAGUUGUCAUCCGGCGCUGGGAGAGGCGCAGGAGGAAGAGAGCUGUACUCUUGGAAGAUGAAGUUUGUUUGGGGAAUUCAUCCCAAUGCUCUGACCUAUUCCAUGACUACGUUAGGGGCUGGAAUGAUGAACAGUAUCUUUAAUUUCUACUACGUUAAGCUUUUCCUGAACCGCUACAAAAUUUCCGAAGGAGCCUUUAAUCAAGCACAGGCUGUGUUUAUGGUGUGGAACGCCAUCAACGAUCCUCUCUUUGGCUACAUCCAAGACAACUCCAAACUCCGCUGCUGCGCCAGGCGCCAGUUCUCGAUUCUGUACGGAGCUCCUUUGUACGGGCUGGCCUUCCUGCUGCCGUGGUUCCCCUGGAAGCACUACGAGGAGGGGGACUGGCUGUGCGGCUUCCACCUCGUGGUGUCCCUGUGUGCCUUCGAUGGUUUGCUGACAUUUGUGCUCCUGGCGCAGUGCGCGCUCUUUGCCGAGAGCUCCAGCAGGCACGAGAGCAGGCUGCAGCUCAUCAAGUACAACCAGGUGGCCACGCUGGUUGGAGCCACGAGCAUCCUCUUCUGUGGGCUCGUGUCAGAUAACAUGGACAACUUUGCCUACUUCCAGGCUUUCGCUGUUCUGAUCGCGGCACUGGCGACGGCCUGCAUGUGCUGCACGGGUAAAUACAGCACCAGUCAGUAUGAGCAGAGAGAAAUUCACGUGGAGAGUGCUAACCUGGAAAACAGCGAGGGGGCUUUCUCCUUGGCCUCAGUGGUUUCCUUGACCAAACAGAUUAUGACAGAGAAGAACUUCUUGUUUUUUGUCACGAUGAACUUCUUCCAAGUCUUCCACCUGGCCUUCUACAACAAUUUCAUGAUAAUCUUUGCGGAUAAUCUUAUUCCUACGGAUGUCCUUUCUUCCUCAGUCAGAAGUAUCAUGUAUGGAGCGGGUUUUAUUUGUCCUCAGUGCCUUGUUCUUCUCAGUCAGGCUUCGUUGAAGAAGUUUGGUUAUUACAGAGUCAUCCUGUUUUCCUUUUACUACGAAGGAGUAGCUGCUGCUGUGAUGUUUUUUCUAGGGCAAGAACACUAUUAUCUGUUGGCAUUUUAUCUCACAACAAACAUGGUUGUUGUCCAAGCCUCCUUCAGUUUGUUCAAUUUGCCUUUGGCUGAUAUUGUUGAUGCAGAUUUGGUGAAGCACAAGCGCAGAUCACCACUUUCCUCUAUGGUUUUUGGUACCAAUGCUUUAUUUACCAAGCCUGCCCAAUCUUUGGCUCCAAUGCUUGUGGUUAAAGUGCUAAAUCAAUUUGGAUAUAGGAACCUGAAUAAUGUAGUUGGUCAUCCUGAUGCAAGGACAUUUUUAGAUCUCCAUGAUGCCAUGUUCAACCUGAUCUGCCUGGUUCCACUUUGCAUUGCAGUCAUGCAGGUGCUGACGUGGACUCCCUUUUCCAUCCAGAACAGCCACAUGACAGCUGUACACUAAACACAACCCCCUUGGGCAGCGCCUCUUCUGCUCAGCUCAACCACUAAAGGGUUGGUGUGAUUUUCAGGUGAAAAAGCAAAAUUGCCAGGCAGUUUGAGCUCUUUAUAAGUUGCACUCAGCCUUGAUGCUGAGCCUACAGCUGAGUUUUUCCUAGUUUGGUCGUUUUCUUUUAGUGGGUGUUAUCCUUAAUUACUUUAUUUGAAGUAAUUUCUGGUCUGUACUGAUCGCUGUUAACUCACCUGAAGAAUGGAUAUGGCGGAUCAGGUAAAGGAAUCCCAACCCAGCCAUGGAAUUCAAGGGAGCUGUAUUUUCUUAAGCUUACUGGUGGAUUAAUUUUGCCAUACUGAUAAAACAGCAGAUCUCUGAAGUUAAUCUGGAAGAUUCUGGUGGACAUCCCUCAGCAGGGAUGGCAGGGAGAUGAAGGGAGAAAUUUAGAUGGUGUGUGGCUGGCCAAUAUAACACAAAUCUGACAGCUGCUCCAGGCAAGAGUAACAAUCUACCCUGGGAAAGUCUGGGUAGGGCUAAAGAAGAAAAAGAUUAAAAUGCUGUUCAGUGGUGCUGGAUGUGGAAAAAGCUCCAGAAGUCCUCACUGGCUUCCUGAAUAUCUCUUGGUGGUGGAAGGCAGAUGCAGUUUUCUGGCUCUAAAUGGGAAAAUUAUUUUGAAGGUACCAUAUAGUCAGUACUUCAUACAGAAUGUCAAGUGGCAAGAAGGACAUCAGUGUGUGGGUGUAAUAAUGCCCAGUUAGGUGGAUAAAUCUAAGCACAGACAGUUACUGAAGUAAACUCUACCUGCUUAGUAAUGUUACAGGGGCAAACUCAUCUGGUGUGUGACAACUGAAGUUAUUUUCUGAUUAAUUCUUACCGAAAUCCUUUUA